GAACGGAUUAUUGUUGCAAUCUUCACUAUGCUUUUCUGUGUGUUGGGAAUGUUGGGCAAUGGCCUUGUGAUCUGGUUGCUGGGCUCCUCCAUUAAGAGGAACACUUUUGCCAUUUAUUUUCUCAACCUCUCUGUUGCAGACUUUGGUUUUCUCACCUUUGAGAUGAUUAUCGAAAUCCAUGGGCUUCCUACCAAUUCCUAUUGUGGCUUUCCCUAUGAAUACUUCCAAAUGGUCGUGCUGUUAAUGCACAGCACGGGACAAUUUCUCCUGACUGUCAUCAGCAUCGACAGGUGUCUUUCGGUCCUUUUCCCAAUUUGGUAUCGAUGCCACCGGCCAGUGCACAUGUUCACUAAUGUGUGUGCUGUCAUCUGGGUCAUUUCCUUUAUCCUCUCUUCAAUUAACCUCAUAAUUGUGGCUGUUGCGUUGGCUUUUCCACUAAAUGUCUUCUAUUUUAACCUGUAUUUUUCCAAGGUGGGGAGACAGAAGGGGGAAACUCAGAGAAGCAUCAAAGAAUUGCUUCAGAUAGUUUUCAAGGAGGAAGAAAAUUGUUCUGAUCAAACGGAAACUUCAGAAGGUUCCAAGAUCUGA